CAACCGUCAUGAUUUCUUGCAUGUUGUUACGAUGUAACUGAAAUGGAUUAAAGUAAUUUUGAUGAAACCCUAACUGGAUCAAUAAAAGUACUGUAAUUCAAGCGGAUCACGCGAUAUGACUGAGUCUCAGCAUGCUGAUAGCUCCUGUGAAUUAAGUGACAAAGGGGAUUCCACGGACCAAAUUGGGCAUCGUUUCAAUACAGCUGGUGUUACUAUAAACCGUGAUGAAUAUUUACAAGCCUAUAGGGAGCUUUCGUUUGAUCGCGACCAACUCCAGUUGAAGAACAAUUUGCUUCAUCGAAGAUUGGCAGAAUAUUACAAGAAACGUAAGCUAGAACAUGUUUUAAAACCAUUAGAAGGUGCCCUUGAUUUAGAAGAGAAAUUUCAACAAAAACUCUUCAGUUACGAAGAGUUAAAAGACAAAGAGGAAAGAGAAAUAUCAGACAUAAAGUCUAAGGUGCAAUUGGUGGAAAAUCAUUAUAACGAGAAGCUUAAUCAUGCCGAAAAGAGAUUUAAUGAUCUGCACCAUUUGGAAAAAUCUACUGGCACUGGACUAAUUUAUUCGAAAAAGGGCAAACCCAUUGCUGAUAAGACAGUUGACCGUUUUUUAACUCUUCAAAGACGCAAGUCUGAACAAGGAUCAGCGCUCUGCUUGAGGUACAUCCGGUGUAGGAACGCCGUUACCGAAUUAGAGAGUGUUGUUAGGAAACUGGAAACGAUUGGACCGGGACUGUAUGUUGCACAGUUUGAGCAGCUCGAUAUCGAUCAUCAAAAUUACAAGACUAAAAUUGAAGAGCGAGAAGAUGAGCUGAUAAAAAAUCGUGGAAAGUGUACCGAGCACAACCAGAUAUUGGCCCACAUAAGAGAGAAGAUGCACCAUACCGAUGAAGUGAUAGAUUUUACUGAAUGUGAUCUUGGUGAUGCUGAAAUGGAAUACCAAAGAGCUCGUGAAGAUUUAGGAAGCGUAAAGGGUCGCCGGGAUAGACUGCGCUGGUCUCUGCAAGGCGAGCGACUGAGGGCUGGCCUGCUAACGAGGAAGGAUUUGUUGCGUGACUAUCAAGACGCCAUUGAUAAGGUUGAAUUGUUACGAAGGAGAAAAGAGGAACUACAGAACCAAGUGAAAGAGCUCACAAAAAGAGUAAGAGAUGCUCGAAAACUAAUGCUUGUUACUCCCGACCCAAGUAAUCAUAAAAGAGGCGACAGUUCUAAAGUUCCAACUGAUUCCAAUCUUGGUUCAAAUUUAUAUGAAAUUAUAUAGAUUGUCGGAUAUUUUAUAAAAUUUUAGAACAAAUAUUUUCAGUUUAAUUUGAUUUCUUUAAUUCAUUUUAUUGUUACGUGUUCAUAUAAAAUAAAGUUUUAGUGAAACUA